CUACUAAACAGGUGUUCUACUCCGCUAGCCAGCACCUCUCCUAAACAGGUGUUCUACUGUUUAUCAGCUGUGCUUCUACAUACAGUAUGUUGUCUGUAUCCUGUUUAUCAGCUCUGCUUCUACAUACAGUAUGUUGUCUGUAUCCUGUUUAUCAGCUCUGCUUCUACAUACAGUAUGUUGUCUGUAUAUCAGGUUUAUCUUCUGGCUGGAAAUUCUGUUUAUUGUGGCAGCACCAUUUUCACCAAGUCAAAUUCCUUUAUAUACAAAAUGUAUUACGCGAUUAAAGGUGAUUCUGAUCUUCUACAUUUUACAGGGCAGGACUCUUAUUUUGAAAGAUUUAAAAUCCCACGAAUCGCUUUAUCUUGUUUGCAUAACACAGCUGGAAAGAAGGAUGGCGGAUGCUGGAAAUAAAGAGUCAGCGCCGAUUGGAGGAGAUGAAUUUACCAACACAGAGUUGGAGAAUAACAAGAAUAACACGAUGGUGGAGGAAGGAUCCACUCUGCUGCGGAGAAUGGAGAUCAGUGUUGCCGAGGCAGAGAAAAGAACUGGGAAAAAUACAGUGAACAUGCAAGAGAUAUUCACAGUGUACCUCAUAGAAACUCGACCCAUAGAUGCAAUAACAGAAGGCCAUAACCCAGCCCCAGACUCUCUCUGGAGGAGAUACAGUGAAUUUGAGAUCCUCCGGAACUAUUUGUUAGUCACCUAUCCAUUUAUCGUGGUGCCGCCUUUGCCAGAGAAGAGGGCAGAGUUUGUUUGGCACAAGCUGUCUGCAGACAACAUGGACCCAGACUUUGUAGAGAGGCGCAGGGUUGGUCUGGAGAACUUUCUACUUCGCGUGGCCUCCCAUUCGGUUCUGUCCAAUGACAAAAUCCUAUACCACUUCCUGACUGAGGAACACAGGUGGAAGGAGGUGGUGCAUGAGACAGGGUUCCAAGCCAAGGCAGACUCCAGGAUUAAAGCUCUGAGCGCAACUUUCAGGGUGAAGAACCCUGACAAGCGGUUCACAGAGAUGAAACUCUACAGCGAUGAGCUUCAGUCUCUCACCUCCCAGCUGCUCAGAGUCAGAGCAAGAGUAGCAGACAGGCUCUACGGCGUAUACAAAGUCCAUGGGAACUACGGAAGAGUAUUCAGUGAGUGGAGUGCCUUAGAGAAGGAGAUGGGAGAUGGUCUACAGAGUGCAGGACACCAUAUGGAUGCCUAUGCUGCCUCAGUAGAUGAUAUGUUGGAGGAAGAGGAGCACUACGCAGACCAACUGAAGGAAUACCUUUUCUAUGCUGAAGCCUUAAGGGCUGUGUGUAGGAAACACGAGCUGACCCAGUAUGAGCUGGAGACGGCCUCCUCAGACCUCAUCUCCAAGAAGCAGCAACGGGAGGAGCUGGCCACUGGGAUGGUACGGACGUUCUCCUUCAAAGGAAUGACGAACAAGCUGUUUGGUCAGGAGACACCAGAGCAGAGGGAGGCUAAACUCAGCCUACUAGAGGAGCAGAUCGUCCAGGGAGAGGAGACGGUCACAGAGAAAACAGUGGAGUGCGAGGAGUACGUGAAGGGUGCGUGGGUGGACAUGCAGCGCUUCAAGGAGCAGAAGGACAGGGAUCUGAGGGAGGCUCUGAUUGGCUACGCCGUCAUGCAGAUCAGUAUGUGUAAGAAGGGCAUUCAAGUGUGGACCAAUGCUAAGGAUUGUUUCCACAAGAUGUAAGGGGGUCGGGCCGCGGGUCAGCGACGACGUCUAUGGUACGAGUGUACAACAACUUCACCUUUUGACCUUCACAUGGAAACAGAACCACUGUUGUCAUGGCAACAAGCCCCAGCUGACAUAAAGUUACAGGGCUGUGUCUCAGUGCUCAGUCCAAUACUGGCUGCGUCUCAGUACUCAGUCCAAUACUGGCUGCAUCUCAGUACUCAGUCCAAUACUGGCUGCAUCUCAGUACUCAGUCCAAUACUGGCUGAGUCUCAGUACUCAGUCCAAUACUGGCUGCAUCUCAGUACUCAGUCCAAUACUGGCUACAUCUCAGUACUCAGUCCAAUACUGGCUGCGCUCCAGAUAAAGUGGGGAGGUAAUGAAGCCUUUCAAGACAUGAGAUGCAGCCCGGGACUAUAUUUUGUAAUGAGAUAUAAGGCACAAACAUAUCCCCUUGUGUUGGUUUAUUAAGAGAAUGUGUGUGUAGUAUCAGCAGGAUAAAGGUUGUUUAUUAAGAGAACAUGUGUGUAGUAUCAGCAGGAUAAUGGUUGUUUAUUAAGAGAACAUGUGUGUAGUAUCAGCAGGAUAAUGGUUGUUUAUUAAGAGAACAUGUGUGUAGUAUCAGCAGGAUAAUGGUUGUUUAUUAAGAGAACAUGUGUGUAGUAUCAGCAGGAUAAUGGUUGUUUAUUAAGAGAACAUGUGUGUAGUAUCAGCAGGAUAAUGGUUGUUUAUUAAUAAGAGAACGUGUGUGUAGUAUCAGCAGGAUAAUGGUUGUUUAUUAAGAGAACGUGUGUAGUAUCAGCAGGAUAAUGGUUGUUUAUUAAGAGAACGUGUGUAGUAUCAGCAGGAUAAUGGUUGUAUGGUGAGAGAACGUGUAUAGUAUCAGCAGGAUAAAGGUUGUAUGGUGAGAGAACGUGUGUAGUAUCAGCAGGAUAAUGGUUGUAUGGUGAGAGAACGUGUGUAGUAUCAGCAGGAUAAUGGUUGUAUGGUGAGAGAACGUGUGUAGUAUCAGCAGGAUAAAGGUUGUAUGGUGAGAGAACGUGUGUAGUAUCAGCAGGAUAAUGGUUGUAUGGUGAGAGAACGUGUGUAGUAUCAGCAGGAUAAAGGUUGUAUGGUGAGAGAACGUGUGUAGUAUCAGCAGGAUAAUGGUUGUUUAUUAAGAGAACGUGUGUAGUAUCAGCAGGAUAAUGGUUGUUUAUUAAGAGAACAUGUGUAGUAUCAGCAGGAUAAUGGUUGUUUAUUAAGAGAACAUGUGUAGUAUCAGCAGGAUAAUGGUUGUUUAUUAAGAGAACAUGUGUAGUAUCAGCAGGAUAAUGGUUGUUUAUUAAGAGAACGUGUGUGUAGUAUCAGCAGGAUAAUGGUUGUUUAUUAAGAGAACGUGUAGUAUCAGCAGGAUAAUGGUUGUUUAUUAAGAGAACAUGUGUAGUAUCAGCAGGAUAAUGGUUGUUUAUUAAGAGAAUGUGUGUAGUAUCAGCAGGAUAAUGGUUGUUUAUUAAGAGAACGUGUAGUAUCAGCAGGAUAAUGGUUGUAUGGUGAGAGAACGUGUGUAGUAUCAGCAGGAUAAAGGUUGUAUGGUGAGAGUGUAGCACAUGGGGGAUGUGGGAAACUUACUCCUCAGCCUGAAGUGUCACCACUUGUGCAGCCGAGUUGUUAACGCUUCGAUGGCGCCGAUUGGUAAGACGCUUCGGGAGGGCGGGCACGUGUGCUAGCGAAGCAGAUGUCCUGGGUUCGAGUGUCCGUGUGAGCCCGAUCAGGAGGAAGCGGUACUCGCUAAGUAAGCAGCGUGACGUCACUUAUCAGAAUGCUGCUGUUACCUUGGUUUACCUCUAUGAACUGAACUGGAAAAGAAACUGAAUCAACUGUCAAAGGACUUCAGGCCUUUUCUCUGCUUAAAGCACAUGAUAUCAUAAUGUCUGGUAUGUGAAUAUUGAAUAAGAUAUUAUUUCAGAAAAUGUCAAGGUACAUGUAUAUAAGAAUAUUAUAUACUUUGACGUGUCCAUCUAUUUAAAUAUAUUAACAACAGUGAACACUAACCUGGUGUUUGUUGGUUGAAGCCAAAAUAUUAACUUACUAAUUUAAUCAUGGUUUCUCAAAGAAAACAUCCUAUUUCUACAUUGUGACUCGCAGUAACAAUGUGAUUUAAGGUCAGAUUUGAUCAUCAUUCGUGUACAUUCUUAUCCAAGUUGAACUGAGAUAACAGUCAUUCUGCAUUGUAUAUUCAGCUUUAUGGUUUUAAUAAAAAAUAUUGUCUUCUA